CCUGAGGCUGCUAUAAAAGAUCGACUGGGCUCUCAGUUGGGAUCAGUAUCAAUUAUACAAAGCACACACAAACAAUCAAUCAAUAUGAAGAUCUUCCAAGCUGCUGCCCUUCUGCUGGCCAUGAUCGCCGCCCUCGCCAGCGCUGAGCCCGUGCCCAAACCUGGCACUGUGCUGGUUCAGACCGACAAUACGCAAUACAUUCGCACGGGUUAAGUUUUGAAAAUUAAUAUCUGCAUCGCUUUUAAAAUAAACGGAAAUGUUGAACUAACAAAAACAAAACUAAAA